UGUUAAGUAUUGGAUGUAACCAUUUAGUUUUGGCACUUAAGUUUGAGUCAAAGUUUGUAGAUGCAGGGUGGUAUUUGAAGGAUUCUUCAAAAAAUUUAGCUGACAGAUUUUUGACAUUGUGUUCAGUAUUGUUUG